GAAUGCUGCUGCAGCAACACAGCAAAUGGUGGAUCUGUUUGACAUUGUAGGAAUUGUCCAUUUUGGCAUUGCCGGAAACGCCAAUAAUUCCAUGUCAAUUGGUGAUGUAUUCCUCAACAGUUUGCACGCUGGCAUUUGGGAUUGGCUGAACCCAAGUGGAACUGUGAAUUACAAUGACGUCGCUGGCUUGGACUUCAAAGGAUACAAUGUACCAGAAGGAGGAGAUAACCUGUUGGGACACAUUGGAUUUAGUUAUGAAUUCUUCUCUGAGUCCGGAAAGGCCAACACCGCUCGACCAAUUUUUUGGGCAAACACUACUCGCCAGUGGCUACAUGUUGCAUCCAACCUGAAGGGGAUCAAUCUGAACCAAUGCGUAAAUUCAAGUGUGUGUUUGCCACAGAAGCCGAAGCUAGUUGUUAGCCUUAGAGGCUCAGCAUCCAACAUUUUUGUGGACAAUGCCGCUUACAGGGACUUCCUUUUUAAAACUUUUCGGGUUUCAUCUGUGGACAUGGAAAGUUCAGCAGUGGUGAUGACAAGCUUGUCGAAUGGCUUUCUGGUGAUUGUCAUCCGAGGGCUGUUGGAUAUAGCAGGUGGGCAAACAGGACACAACUCUGUUGACACCUUUGGGCCUCUUGCAGCUAUAAACGCUUGCAAAGUAGUCAUAAAGUUUAUCGAGGAAUUUCCGAAGGAAAUUAAAUCAUGAAGUUCUUGCCAAACUUGUUUGCUUCAAACCAAGAUUGUGGUAAUUUUCCAUCUGAUAUAUGCAAUAAGAAGAAAUAUCCAGUGUUGCAAUGGGUUUGUAGCCAAAUGGUUAAUAGUAUUCACCCAUGUACACGAGGUCUAUAUGAGCUCAAGUCUCCUCCUGCCUAAUAUCACUUGUGGGUUGCUCCCCUCUAUGGUUUGUACCAAGCUUGACGAAAUUAAUGCAAAAACUUACAUGCAUAUAUACACAACUCUUAAGGAUUUUUCCCCCCUUACUACAACAGUGAGGGUAGCGAAGGAUUAGACAAGCAGGCCUUGGUCUUCGGACAACAAAACCCUAAACCCUACACACCUGGGCUUGGUCAUCGGACAACUCAGUUGCCUACCAUUCACAAAGCGAAUACACAAACCUAGCCCCUCAUAUAGAACGCCUCCUGAUCCCUCCAAACAUCUAUGCUAGCCAUGCUUUUUCUUUUCAUGAAAGCGAUAUUGGGGGAGGGGAGAUCAAACUAAUUAGACUUCGAGCGCAGGGUGAAUGCUCUUAAACCAUUCAGCUAAAUGCACUUUUCAAAGUAAAAA